AUGGGCAACGUACAACUAGCCAUAGCAGUUUUUUGCCUAGUCGUUAUCGUGGUCAUAGUUUUCUUUGCUUUUUUCGCCUCGGUUGAUUUCAUCAGACGGAUACAAACGUGGAUACAAUCGAAUAAAGAAGAAAAAGCCUCUUUGACUAACUUGAAAGGUCUCUAUAACGCUAACGGAUAUUUAGUUCAUUCCGAUUCGGAUAUCCAGUUGAAUUGCAGCACGGGUAGUUUCAAAAGAUUCGAUUCCGUGGACAGAGAUUUUAGGAUUAACCUUACGGCAGCCGCCCCAGCCACCACCAACACCGCUAAACCCACGGAUGAUUGGAACCGCUUUCAAGGCGACGUUUGUAUUCCUCCACAGCCCCUGCGACCGGCGCCAGUGCCGGUCACCGUAUCCUCGACCCCUGAAGAGCCGGAAAGGUGCGAAGACAACUUUUCCACGAAAAAACAUAUUGGAUACGACGAAAGCAGUUUUAUCGAAAAAACCUCAAUUUGCCCCAUCCCUCGACCAGUCUCAUCCGUAAAUAUGGCCGCUUUACUAUCCCAAUCCCAAUCUUCCUUCCCGGUUUGCUUAACGCCUCCUCCGAGCCCGUCGAUGUUUCAGCUACCUACGUCUUCAGAGAGCACCACAUUGCAUUAUCCCGUCACUCCUCCUAUGAAGAUAUCCGGAGUUUACAUACAGCCUAAUCAAAUGCAAGCAACGGCCGUACCGGAUUCGCCUUCUUUUCCUGUUGAAGAUGUAGAAGUGGUGCUUCCAGCGAUGCUGAAGAGAGCCAUUUCUUGCGACAGUGUAUGUUCCGAUACUUCUGUUGCACUCGGGGAUUUAGAAAUACUGAACGUUACUGGAUAUUUGUGCAUCGGCCUAGAAUAUGACAGCGAAUGUUGGGACUUGGUAGUUAACGUACUAGAAGCAAAAGAAUUACGAGGGAUAAUUAAAAAAGAUGACAAUCUAGAUACUUACGUUAGAGUAUCUCUUCUUCCUGAUAAGGAGGCGACCAUUCAAACAAAAGUAUAUCGCAGCUCGGGCAGUCCGAGCUAUAAAGAAAGAUUCCUAUUUUCUAUGAAUCCUAGGGAACAAUCAUACCGGGUGCUCUGCUUUCACGUGUACUCGACUGAUUUUUUAUCACACACUUUGGUAGGAGAAGGAGAGAUCCGACUGGCAGAUGUUAGUCUGCGACAACCUGUCACCACGUGGGUGACAUUGACGGAUACCGGACAGAAAGGAACCGAAUGCGGGGAGUUAAUGUUUUCUUUGAGUUACCUCCCCACAGCUGAAAGGUUGACGGUUGUUGUGGUCAAAGCGAGAAACCUCAAAUUUUCCACGAACGUUCCAGGAGAAGCUUUUGUUAAAGUUUAUUUAAUGCAACAAAACAAAAAAAUUAACAAAAAGAAAACGUCUGUAAAGAAAGGAGAAAAAUGCCCUAUUUUUAAUGAAUCCAUGAUGUUCAGUGUACCUGCUCAUACUUUAUCGACAAUCCAAUUACGUCUGACGGUAGCCGAAUGCAUUCCCGACGAUUCCUCUAAAGCUCUGGCCGUCGGACACGUUAUAGUGGGAGCGCAAGCCAUCGGAAGAUCCCUCAGCCAUUGGAAUCAAAUGUUGACGGCUCUUCGGAAACCAGUCGCUAUGUGGCACUCCCUGAAAAAACAUUCCGAAGACCAACAGAAACCAACCACGUAG